AUGUCAGCAAACAAAAAAGCUUCCAAGAAAGCAAGUAACACACUUGAGACUUGGGGUAAUGAGACAACAAUGAAUCUCAAUGCCAUCAUCUAUCAAAAUAUUUUGUCUUCUCCUUAUUUCAGAUCUCUAUAUUCAAAAAAGACUUUUCAUGAGGUAGUUGACGAGAUUUAUAAUGAAGUUCACGUGUUAACACCCUUCAUCAAAGGUAACCAGCCCUCAACCGCCUAUUGCUGCUUAUUCAAACUGUGGACGCUGCGUUUAACAAUUAAACAAAUUGAAAAUAUGGUCGACCAUGAGGACUCACCAUACAUUCGUGCUAUUGGUUUCCUCUAUUUACGUUAUGUGUGUGCUCCAGCUCAGCUUUGGGAUUGGUUUCAAUACUAUCUUGAAGAAGACGAAGAAAUUACUAUUACUAGUGGUCUUCAUCCUCAAAAGGUGACUAUUGGUAAGUUUAUACGUAUGCUCAUAACCGAGCAGAAGUUCCAAGGAACCAUGUUACCGCGCAUUCCAAUUCCUAUUGCAAGAGACUUGGAAAAGAAAUUGCAAGAAUACGACAUUGAGCAAAGAAGAGCCAAGGCAAGAGGCGGAAGGGGAUAUGACGAUGAUUAUUAUGACGAGAAAGAUGAUAACUACAGGCGACAACCAAGAGCUAGUCCUCCACCUGCCCGAUACAGUAGAAGUAGAAGCAGAUCGCGAAGCCCGUCUAGACACGAUUUUAUAAGAAGAGAUUCUAGGUCAAGAUCUAGAAGCACAUCCAGACAUAGAUCCUAUCGAAGAAGGAGCAGUAGAUCGAGAUCACCCCGCAGUAGUCGUGAUAGAAGAGACAGAAGAGGAAAUAUGAGUGACGAAUUGGACGAUUAUUAUGAAGCUAGUCGUAGGGGCAACAGUAGUCGUCGUCGCGAUAGAUAUGAUGAUGAUCCAAAAAGAUCUAGAAGCAGAUCUACAUCCAGGCGAAGAUAA